CCCGGAAGUUGUUGGAUCGUGCACUUUGUUUGACUUGAAGGCUGAGGAAGAGAAACUCCUGAUAAAUACACUUUUCUUUUGAUCUAAAACAAAUCUAAUUCUUCUUAAGAGUCAGUAUUUUGAGGCCAAGCAAUAGGAUUUUCUGGUCUAGAUGUGAACUGAACCUGAAACUCCACCCAAAAUGUUAUCACAUCAGAUGCACCGCCUAUCACACGCCCUCAUCGUGCUCCUGCUGCUUGUUUCCUGGACAGCAGAUGGAGCUCACAACGACACAGAGGCAGUGACCUUCACACAUCUGGCCCCGGUCCCCCCUGGCAAGUAUAUCUUGGCAAAGGAGGGAUCCAGCACACUAAUUGAGUGUAAUGUGACUGCAGAUCAAGAGGAUGUUAGGUGGUACAACUCCAAAGGACUUCUCCUUGAAGACAAAGAAGGUGGGAAGUGGCAGAUCCAGGAGAAGGGUGUCUUAAACAUCACAGCAGUGUCCUUUGAGGACCGUGGCCGCUACACCUGCGUGGCCUCAACCGGCAUCGGACUCACCAAAAACUACACCGUAACUCUGCGUGUGGCCUACACUGACAGUGGCCUUGGAGUGUACUUCGUUGUGGUGUGCUUGGUGGCCUUCGCCAUCACGAUGGUCCUCAAUGUGGCGCGCUUAUGCAUGGUCAGCACCCACCUCAAGGAGACUGAGAUGGCCAUUAAUGAGUUCUUCCGCACCGAGGGGACAGAGAAGCUCCAGAGGGCAUUUGACAUUGCAAAAUCCAUCCCAAUAGUAACCUCUGCGAAGACGGUGGAGUUUGCCAAAGUCACGCAGUUUAAAACCAUGGAGUUUGCUCGUCACAUUGAAGAGCUGGCACGCAGCAUUCCUCUGCCGCCACUUAUUCUGAACUGCAGAUCAUUUUCAGAGGAGAACAUGAAUGCAGACUGUAAUCCUGCAGAACUGCAAGCAGCAGCUUCUAAAAACAGACAGGCUUUAGGCCCAACUGGCCAUAACAAAAAAGAAGAGGAAGAGGUGUGUGUGGCAAUGCUGUCUAGUGAUAGACAAAGGAAUUAUGGGAUCAAUGACGACUUCAAGGUGUCACUGCAUAGAAUAAAUGUUGACGUGGAGGAUACAGAUUACAGAAAUGAGAGUAAUGCAUGAGAUCAUUAGGAAUUCAAUUCCAACCAAAGAUAUUUAUCCUGCAAAAUAAGUCGAGGUCUGGUUGCAGGUCGGACUUUCAUCUGUCUAAUCCUUAAAAUGUAGUUUUACCUUAUUCUUAUUUCUGCACAUGGUGACAGCUCAGGUUCUCAAACAUCUGCUGAAACAUACUUUCAUUUUUUUGUUCUGCUUUUUUAUUUCUUUUUCCCAUAAAAUUUUCAUUCUUGUGUUUUCUCUUUAUAAAGGUUUAGCUAAUUUAACUCUUUCAUAUGUCUUUUGUUUUUUCUUGUCGUCAUUAUUCCAUUUGACAGACUAGUGAGCCUCCAGGAAGAAAAUGUUGCCUUGUAAUGUCAUUGUUCUAACAUCUCUAUUGUGGUCAUAUCACUCAUGGGAAUUGAGUUUUGUGAGGCUUGAUUGCAAUCUCACAUGUCUGUUUACACAGGUCUUUUGUUUGUCUCAAAAGCAGUUAAUUACAGGGCCUGAAAUAAGUCAUUCAGCUGAAGGGCUGAAUAUUUUGAAUCUAAGGGGACCUUUUUUAAACGAUUUUUGCAGGCUUGAAUCUUAUACAGUCUACACAAUGCUUGCUGCAGAUAAUGUUUGAUUUGGUUCUUAAAUAUAAUCUAUUGAUUAAUUAUGUGUUAUGCAAGGUUUUGUGGGCAAACUGUGUUGCAUGAAAGGUGAAGUUGUUACUCCUAUGGAUGUUAUUUUCAAGGAAUGCAUCACUUUCUUUUUUUGUUUAUAAAAAAUAGGCACAGGUUGUUAAUAUCUGUAUGUUUAUCCUUCCUGAAGAUGAAUUUUAAAGAUGUCUAAAAUAUGUUUAAAGUAACAAAAUACUGUCACUCCUACUUUGUUUCUCUGAUGGUAUGAAAUAAACCAAAUCAAUUGGAACACCUGUGAAGUGGGUUGAACUGAAAGUGUUCAAGUAGAAGGUGGAGGUAGAAGAUGAAAAUGUUUUUCUGUCACGAAGGAAAAUGAGUAAAUGUUGAUGCUGUAAAAGAUUUUAGCUGAAAUCAAUCUAAUUUUCAGGCUGAAUGCUAAAGGUGAGAAAGACUUUAUAUGAUUUUGCUUUAGCUAUGGUUACCUCGAAAAAAAAAUCCUUCAGUUGUUAUUCUUUUUUAUCAAAAUGGCUUCCAAUCAUCUAUGAAGAUGACAACAGAAAGCUUUAUGAACCAUUUAAAACUUCAAGCUCAGAGUUUUAGCUGCAGCAAACAAGGUUUUAGGAUGUCUAAGAAUUUAAUAAGCAAGCAUCAAUGCCCUAUUUUAGAAAACAGGUUAAGUUAGUCUGAGUAGAGAACAGGUAUCCUCAGUCAGGUGAAUUGGCUUUAUGAUGUUUAAUAUUUUCAGUUUGAGAACAGGUGAAAUUAACAAUUAAAUAUUCAAUGAUUGAAGAGAAAAUGAUGGCUUAAGUGCUUCAAAUGCGAGUCGUGGCACAGAUGUUUUAAUCGAUCUCAUGGAGAUUUGAUCUAUAUGGUAACAGUUUAACGCCAAACCUCUGAGAUGUUGGCUUACUUUCCAACACCCCCAGGCUGAGGCCCAGGUUGUUGGUGUAGAUGAGGACCUCACAGAGCUCGUCUGCACAGGUCUUCAGUAGCCUUGGGGGGGGAUGCUGUCCAGUCCUGUGGCCCUCCUGAGUUUCAGCCUUAUCAGCUGGCUUCUCACCUUUUUUGGUUUGUUUAUUUUAAUAUGGUGUGCAGGAGUUCAAACAGACAUACAUUA